AUGGCCUUCGUGACCUUCUGCGGGCUGAGGACGGGGGACCUGAGGCUGAUCGCUAGGACUGUGCUGCCGAAAAUUUUCUUGGAGAACCUCCAUCUGCAUGCAUGCGAGGUGCUGAAAGGGAGGCGAGCUGUUGUGCUCACCACCUUGCCGAGGCUCGUGGUGGAGGGAUUCUUGAAGGAGUACUUAGAGGUGGGGGAGGUGGUGGGGGCGGAGCUGCAGGUGGUGAAGGGCUGCUACUUCACGGGGGUCAUCUCUUGGCCUGACAAACAGAGAGCUCUCAAGGACAUGGUCAAGGCCGGUGCGACCAUUGUGAACCUCUCCAAUGUCCACCACCACCAACUCUCGGCCAAGGAAAUUUAUGUCGUGAGAGAGGAGGAAUCAAGGAGUGAGAGCAGCAAAAUGCCGAGAAACAAGUACCCGAAGCCACUUGUGUUCCAUGACAGAAGACUGGCUUUUCUCCCGACGCCAUGCGAGAUGAUGGCGUUCUUCAUGUGGAUACCCGUGGCAAUCCCUUUGGCCGUGUUCAGGAUCGCGAUGGGGAUCGUUUUCCCUUAUAAAAUAUCCAUCUUCAUCGCUGUCGUCACCGGAAUCCGAUUCCGGAGGGCCGGAGAUGGGAAAGCGAACGGGGAGAAGAAGGGGGUGGUGUACGUGUGCACGCACCGGACGCUGUUGGACCCGGUGAUGCUGUGCUCGGCGUUGGAGAGGACGGUGCCGGCCGUGACGUACAGCCUAAGCCGGGUGUCGGAGGCGUUGGCGCCGAUGCGGACUGUGCGGCUGACCUGGGACAGGGGACGAGACGCGGCGACAAUGCGGCGGCUGCUGGCGGUGGAGGGGGGCCUGGCGGUGUGCCCGGAGGGGACGACGUGCCGGGAGCCGUACCUGCUGCGGUUCAGCCCGCUGUUCGCGGAGGUGGCGGAGGAGGUGGUACCGGUGGCUCUGGACGCGCGGGUGGGAAUGUUAUGCCAUGCAUAUGGGCACCCGCUGGAAAGCUACAAUUCUGAACCUGCAGAGAAGCGCAGUAGUGGGCAUGCAGAUUUAUGUAUUAUGCGGUAUACGAUUCCCUCGUCGCACCUGUCCUUUCUGCCGCCGCGGGUAAGGAUGGAAGGGGGAGAGGAGAGAAACAUGGAGGGGGCGGAACAGCAACAACAAGAAGAAGAGAGCGACCCCACCGAAGAGGUCGCAGGCGACAAGUCGAAGAAGAAGAAGCAGCCGAUCAAGGUGGUGUACAUCUCGAACCCCAUGAAGGUGAAGGCCACCGACGACGAGUUCCGCUCCGUCGUCCAGGGGCUUACCGGCCGGGACUCCGACCUCGAGUCGACCCUCUCCAAAUACGGGGACGACGGAGAGGGAAAAAGUAUAGUCAAGUUCUGUAAGAUCUGA